UUAGACGACGUCCCGCGAUGAUGAGUCCCGAGAACCAAGUCGUCAACCGACCCAGAGCUCGACGACCCACGGUUCACCACAGCUUAUCGCCAGCCGGCGGAGCCCCGACAUGCACUCACCACCGCUUACACCAUCCGGAACGGACGUUACUGAAAGUGGGCUGAAACGAGAGCCGUCUGGUAACCACGGUCGGCCGGGCAGGGCUCCCGACAUCAUCACUCCUCAGGAUUCGACCCAUGAGCCGUCAUCCCCUGGUUCGGCACGUUUGGUUGUUCCCCAUCACAUCUCGACGGACCGCGAUCGCACCUCGCGGAGGCCCGCAACUUCCGAGGGGAGGGAGCAAACGCAGACAGCCCUUGGUGGCCACCGUAAGGGAUUGUUCUCAGUCGGCACUGGAAGCGGUUCGAAUUCGCCUACCAGCUCGGUACCACCGUCCCGCGACAGUAGUCCGUCACGAGCGGGUGCCGCCUCUCAGUUCUAUUCCCGGCAGGCCCCUCCGCCGGGAGACAUGGACGACCCGUACGCCGCAAGCAAGCGACAGGCGCAGAAGGGCAUAGAUUCCCGCUUUAUCUUCUCUAGGAAGAAAAAAAAGGGUUCUUCACCUAGCUCGUCGUCGCUGAGCCUGCCUAGAGCGUUGGGCGACAAGCGGGGCUCGGACGAAGGCCUUGCGCAUAGUCGGAACAGCUCGAUGGCGGAUUUGAAGCGCUUUUUCAAACUGGGACCCAGUAUCAAGGUGAAGCGGGUGGCAUCGCCCGCGCCGUCGGUGCGAUCCGGCGCCAGGACCCCGCCGAGCUCUAAGUCGGCGCAGAUUCCCUUCGGUGACGACCACGGCCUCUCGUCCAAGUAUGGAAAGCUGGGAAAGGUACUCGGUGCCGGGGCGGGUGGCUCGGUCAGGCUGAUGAAGCGCGCCGAGGAUGGCGUGGUAUUUGCCGUCAAGGAAUUCCGGCCUCGGCACUCAUACGAAACCGAGCGAGAGUAUGUCAAGAAGUUGACGGCCGAGUACUGCAUGGGGUCGUCUCUCCAUCAUGGCAACAUCAUUGAGACGCUUGAUAUCGUCCAGGAGAAGGGCAAGUGGUACGAAGUGAUGGAGUACGCGCCCUAUGACCUCUUCGCCAUUGUUAUGACGGGCAGGAUGUCUCGGGAGGAAAUCAGCUGCUGCUUCCUGCAGAUCCUCAGCGGUGUGACGUACCUCCACAGCAUGGGCCUGGCACACCGGGAUCUGAAGCUCGACAAUGUGGUGGUCAGCGAACACGGUAUCAUGAAGAUUAUCGAUUUCGGGAGCGCCCAUGUUUUCAGAUACCCGUUCGAAACUAGCAUUGUCCUUGCAACCGGUAUCGUUGGCUCCGACCCGUACCUCGCACCCGAGGUAUAUGAUGAGAAGAAGUACGAUCCACAAGCCGUCGACAUCUGGUCAUUGGCCAUCAUCUUCUGCUGCAUGACCCUUAGGCGAUUCCCCUGGAAGCUUCCUAGGCUGUCCGACAACUCCUUCAAGCUGUUUGCAGCGGAUCCCACGCCUGGCCACGAUCCCAAGAAGCUCAUCCUCCCACCGUCGCGGUCCAUGAAUGCGUUGAGCGAGAUCCCGGCCCGCGACUUCGACCCGCAAAGUUUUCGCAGCGAAGCCAACAAGCCGGUAAACGACGAUGAGCGGAGCAAGUCUGAGAGGCCUGCAACUGCAACGAUGGCAUCAUCGGCUGACGGCCAGGGCGGAACAACGCAACAGGCGCCGGCCGCCGAAAGGAAGGAGGUGAUCCGCGGCCCGUGGCGAAUUCUCCGGUUGCUUCCCCGGGAGAGCAGGCACGUCAUUGGGAGGAUGUUGGAGCUGGACCCCAAGAAGCGGGCUAAGAUGAGUGAGAUACUGGAGGAUCCGUGGGUGUCGGACACGGUCAUCUGCCGGCAGGAGGGCGGGCAUGUGGUGAAUGCUGAUGACCAUAAGCAUGUGCUAGAACCGCCUGCGGCGACGAAUAAGUCGUGAGGGACUGAAUUUACGUGACGGGAGGAUGAAGGACAUGGGGAAAGGGUUGAGGGAAGGGCAUGCACCGUCACCUACGGAAUCAAGAAGCGGAAGCCCAGGAAGUCCCAGGUGGGAUUGUUUGGUGUGUAGGAUACGAACAUAGGGGCAGCGGUCGUCUAUUUUGCGGGGUUGGACUAUGCGGCGUUUUUGUUUUCGGGGAACUUGGGAUGGGAAUCAGGGGGCGCAUAUAGAU